ACAUAUAAGGAAACAAGUUGGAAGCAGAUAAGAGUGGACGGUCAUAUAAAUCGAAAAACGGUUCGUUAAAGACCGUCAUUUGACUGCUGUUUUCGGUGUCACUUAAGACGCUCCCAUUUCGUCUUCACUCGUGUCUCGAACUUGACGUCGGAUUACUCCCCCGGAUAUCAUCAUGAAAUAUAUUUUUGCAUUUGUUCAAGCAUCGACUCUGAUUUGGUUGGUCGCCUUGGCAUUCCCGCAAAGAGACGCGCCGGGCGGAAUUGCCGAUGACUCCAUAAUUUUCGAUAAUAAUGAAUCGAGCAGCUCGCCGAGUAACAUAAUGCAGAGUACCGUCACACCACCGAGCACCACCACAAAUUGUCCGUGUGUCGCAACUGCUGAAUACAAUCCAGUGUGCGGCACCGAUAACGUUACCUAUUGGAAUAUGGGAAGAUUUAAUUGCGCGAGAAAUUGCAAUCCUGCGCUUCAGAUAAGGGUGAUCAGGGCUUGCGAGCCAUACAUCCAGCAGAGCAGUAAUUAAAUAUUGACCUGCCAUCGCUUCCAUUAAUAAAUAAUACGACAUAUAGACUUGAAUGAUACAUACGUCCAUUAGCAGAAAUUUCUACUACGUGAUUGCAAACGUGAUCAAUUCUCAUUGACAUAUCGCAAACCAUGUGUUAUUAAUGUUCGUUAUAUUACUACAUUUAAACAUGUGCAUUUUUAACUUGCCAUUGCUAAUACUUUAUGUAAAAACUAUGGCUUACUGAAUAUUUAUAUACUUAAAAUAUAAUUAUACUAAAUUAGGAAUUAACCUGCCAUGCAAUACAAAUAGUUCUUUAUUGCAUUCUAAUAUAAUUGCGGCUAUCAAUUAGGUACACAUUUCAAUCAAACUUUUGUUCACUUUAGCUUACAGCCAGAAAGUGGGAUUAGGUACACAUUUAUAUCAACACAUACUGUCGCGAUAUACACCAUAAUAGGACACGCAACUCUUAUCGAUUUUUAGUUUUAAAACACUGCGACAUAAAUAACGCAAUUCUGUCGCAGUUGACGAGUGAUGCGUUCGAAAAGAUAAUAAUUUUGCUGAUAAGAUACUGUUAACAUUCUUGUGAUUUCUAAGCAUAAGUCUAAGUCUACUCAUUCGUGGCUGAACAAGCCAGAAUAAAUUUUCGAAAAGUUUUUUUCAGAAGAAAAGAUUCUAAAAUUUUGUUUGUACAGCUUUAAUAAUUAAUGUAUUAUAUUAAUAAACUUUUGUAAUCAAUGCAAUAUCGUUAAAAAAC